UCAGAGUUAAAGUCCUUUCAGAAGGGUGUGUUAAAGGAGAAAAAUGCCAAAUUGUGACCAGAGUUGAGAAACACUGCAUGAACAACUGAGCAUGCAUUCAUUCAAUUCAUUUCUGCUUAGUCACAAGGUAAUAAUACUAGCAAAGCUGAUUGUGAAAUAGAUGGAAAUGGAAAAAAAAUGUAAUGGUAGCUUAAAAAAGGAACUAGAAACAAUGCUCGGCUUGGCCAACCUCGUUUCCUUUUUGACUGUCGUAUUUACUGCACGUCUGACGUGACUGUAAACCACUGUGCACUGAGGAGCAGAGGCAGAAACAUCUGCAGAGGACAAUGACUACUGCUGAUGGCCCAAGUGCUCUCGAGCUGGAGGAGGAUGAAGAGUGCUGGAUUCGACUGGAGAACCACAGGAUGAUCCUUAUCAAAACUAUUGAGCCUUCUAGAAUAAUACCAUACCUUAGACAAUGCAAGGUGCUUAAUAGUGAGGAUGAGGAGCAGAUUUACAAUGACCCGAGUCUGGUUGUGAGACGGCGGAAAGUGGGUGUGCUGCUGGAUAUAUUACAAAGGACUGGUCUGAAGGGUUAUGUGGCAUUCCUAGAGAGUCUGGAGCUGGACUAUCCUCAGUUAUAUCAGAAGAUCACAGGCAAAGAGCCUUCUCGUGUCUUCUCUAUACUCAUAGACACGGCGGGAGAGUCCGGGCUGACCCAGUUUCUGAUGAAUGAAGUGACCCGGCUGCAGAAUGCUCUUCAGGACGAGCGCAGGUCCAGGCUAGAGGCGGCGGCGCGCGCGGCCGAGCACCAAGACGCCGCGCGGCAGCUGCAGACGCGCGAGUGCGAGCUUCGCAAACAGAACGAGCGGGUUCAGCGCAUGCGUGAGGAGCGGGAGCAGCUGUGGAACGAGGCGCGGCGUCUGCGGGACGAGAACUACCGGCUGAUGCAGGACGUGACCCGGCUGAGCGAGGAGAAGAACGGAGCGCUGAUGUUCAACCGGGACCUGCAGCUGGAGAUUGAAAGGCUGAAGCACAGUUUAAUGAAUGCAGAGAGCGAUUCAAAGCUUCAGCGCAAAAGGACCAUGACCCUAAAAAAUGCCAUGGAGCUGAGGCCUCGGCAGGAAAUGAUCUUUGAGCUGCAGAAAAAGAAUGAUCUUCUUACUGCCCAACUGCAAGAGCUUCAGAACUCGUCCCAGGUCCAGAUUCCAACAGAGCACGACCAGAGGAGCAUGGACAUUCAGAAUGACUUCAAGAAACAAAGCCAAGCACAGCACCAGGACCUGGUGAACAGCCUUUAUGCACUACGGCGGGAGCUGCAUGAUGUCAAAGAGCUACGGGAUAAGCAGUACAGAGAAAAGAAGGAUGAGCUGGAGCUGAAGUGUUCGAUCCUAAAGAAAGACUCCAAAAUGUAUUGUAACCGCAUGGAGGAAAUCUUAAAGCAGCUGGAUGAGGUCAUCAAAGAAAGAGACAAGGCUAUUACUGCACGAGAGGAGUACCACCAAGAAAACUGUAAAAACCUCCAGGACAAGGAUCGCUACCGCAAACAGAUCCGCGAGAUGGGAGAGCAGUAUGACGAGUUGCAGGUCCAGCACUUCCGGACUCAAGGAGAAGUUGUUGCUCUCCAGACCAAAUUUCGCAAACAGACUGACUUACAGGAAACCAUAGGAACCUCAGGAGAGAGCUUUCGUCAAAGUUCAGUGGAGCUAAAGAGCCAGACAAGUGAAGAGGAUUUCAAGGAGAGAUAUGACAAAGCAUCAGGAAUAAGUGAGGAUUCUCAAAGCCCAACCUCUGGGGAAUUUAAUGUCUGCAUAAGUAUUACAGAUUCGUGUCCCUCAGACAUGAAGGAAGAAGGUUUUAAGGAGAGGGGGUUCAAUGAGGAGGACCUAUCAGCAAGCUAUUUUCCUAGGACACGAUGCAAUUUUCACAACAGAAGGAAACGUGCUUUGAGAACAAAAGCCACUGUUAAAGAGUGCACUAUAGAGCGUGCUCAGUGUAUUCUGGACAACACCAGUGGGAGUGAUAACACCGACACCGACGGAAUAUGACAUGAGCAGUCCAACCAGGGGGGGAAGUGCUACCUUUGCUGAGUAGCUUACGUCAUAUUAAAUUUGGGUCUUAUGGUGCAGCCCAGGGCCAACAGAUUUUAUUAUUUGUGUGUGCUUUUGUUUGUUUUGUUUUUUGUUUUGAUCACUGACACUGACUUUCUCUCUGGUUGGCUUAUUAUUAUAAUUAAUAUUAAUAAUUAUAUGAUUAAUACAUUUACAUUUUAUUUUAAUUGUCAACUGUAGGCUCAUACCAACAGAAUUCAAAAUCAACAUCAAAUUUGUAAAUGAUCCAUUAGUUGCCAUGUAUAGUUCUCCUACUUUUUCUUAACUCUGUCAUUAACAUUCCAAAAAUACAAAUGUAUAUCAUUUUGUGUUGUCAUGUAUUUUGUCAGACAACAUAUUCAUUCAAGUGUACUAAAGAAUGACUUUUACAUGUGAUGUGAUUCUUUUGAUGCAAAAUUUGUAUUGUAGUAUUAUCAUAUAUGGGUUUUGUUCACUAAGGCUAAAAAAAAAAAAUGUUUUUUAGAUUUAUUUAUUAGAAUUAUUUUAGGUUUUUAAUUCCUUUGGCUGUUCAUAUUUAUAAGGCUUCACACUUCCAGCUUAAUCACUUUCCAUUUUACUUUUCAUUAAUUCCUGUCAUGCAUGUGUCUACCCUGUCACAGCAAGCUUCACGACAGGGUGGACAAUUUUAGAUGGACACUGCCUUUGAGUUUCCUCGUUUCCUUUUAACAUUGCUGUCUUCUUUUGCAAACAGAUUGGCUAUUACAUUACAUUACAUUACAUUUCUAGUAGUAAAUCCACUUUUAUAUUGUAAUUUCACAAUUUAAUUUAAUUAUGAUUCUCUUUUUUUUAAUCCAGUUUGUAUUUUUGUUUAAACACAGGCCCUAAAACAGAGUCUUGACUCUUUGUGUAACCUUUGAUUGAAACGCAUCUGUGUAGGAUAAAGUCACACCCACGCGUCUCAUUUUCUGUUUCUCCACACUUGGCAUUGAGCUCUUUUUUCUUUCACUUCUAAGAAAAUUAGGUAAAACAUGACAGUGAAAAAUAUAGCCAUUUGUUUGGACAUAUGAUUGCACAAAAAGAGGCCUUAAAAACAUGUUUUAUAGUGAAUAUGGUUGGAAUUUAUUCAAAAAUAUCAAUUUGUGUAAAUUGAUUUCAUUUUUCAUUCAAAUGGAAACAUGAUCGCCGACUUGUGCAAAAGUAGUUUUCAAAGUAUUGUUUUUAGACUGAUUCUUUUUUAAAAUGUUUUUGGAAUCUUUUUAAAAUGUGACUUGAAUCCCUUUGCAACUUGAAUGUGAAACAUUGUUAAAGCCAAUUAUAAUCAUUUUGAGUCUCGUACAGAAGGGAUUGGAAUAAUUUUCAGAUUUUUUAGAAAUAAUUUGAAUCCUUUUCAAAAGCGUUUCAGAUUAUUUGCAGAGACAAUAAUAAUAUUUUUCAAUGUGCAGUGAAUAAAAUUUUCAGACGUGAUUUAUGUUCCAGUGAUUAAAACUAUAUAAUGAUGCCAUUUGCCUGUCAAUAAUGCACUCAAAAAAAGAUCAGCAAUUAAAUAAAUAAAAAAAUAAAAAUCAAUACCUUACUUGUGAUUUGUAUGUGCAUUGCAUUGUGGAAUGAUUUGUGCAACACUGUUAUUUUCAUUCUGCAACUUAUAUAUAUAUAUUUUUUUUAUUUCACUAUCAUUCAUAAGCAUUCUUAAACUCAAAAACAGUGUUUACUCUGCCUCAUGAAUGUCUAUUCGGAUGGACAAUACGUCUCAAUCUGUGUUAAUUGCAAGAAUACACCAAAAAAACAGUA